CUGGACUGCAUUACAAACAGACGAUACCAUCGCUUCAACAGCAGCCUUCAGACAAGAGGUCACCUGUCCUCGAAGUUUAAAGGACUGGAAAUAGGAGACAGAAAUACACUGAGCCAAAAGAUUCACAAGGGCAAUACAAGAAGUACAAUCCCUAAGAAUGGCCUCCCUGAGCUCCAGCCUCUGGAAUGAAACCACUACAUCUGUUUAUCAGUACCUUGGUUUUCAAGUUCAAAAAAUUUACCCUUUUCAUGAUAACUGGAACACUGCCUGCUUUGUCAUUCUGCUUUUAUUUAUAUUUACAGUGGUAUCUUUAGUGGUGCUGGCUUUCCUUUAUGAAGUGCUUGACUGUUGCUGCUGUGUAAAAAACAAAACUGUUAAAGACUUGAAAAGUGAACCUAACCCUCUUAGAAGUAUGAUGGACAACAUCAGAAAACGUGAAAUUGAAGUGGUCUAG